UCUCUCUAGCGGUAAGGCUCAGUGAACACGCUUCUGCUGCACUUCCGUGUUCGGAUGCAUCCCAGCUCAAAGAUGGCAGCCACGGGAUAGUGGAAGAGAAACUGCAGAUUGUACCUUUAUCAUGUAAUCUCUUCGGUUUAAACAGCUGUUCCACACAUUGUCGUGAUGUGCAACGUUACACCUCAAUUAUUGUGAACGCGUCAUUUCAUGGAGACAACGCGAGGGAUUAAGAUAAUGGUUAUCUGGCGAGAAAGGCUAGCAAGCUAAGAUUAGCUAAAUAAAUGAACAGUUUUGGUGUCUUAAAGUGCAUCUGACACCCACGGAAGAAACCAAAGCAUCUCUCCUGAAUAUUGUACUUGGGCGUUGUGUAUGAAUAAGUUCAUCAUGGCCAUCACUCAGUUCCGCCUUUUCAAGAUCUGCACAUGUAUAGCCAGCUUACUCUCCUUCUUCAAACGGUUGAUAUGCAGGACUGGAAGGGGACGCAAACUCAGUGGUGAUCAAAUAACACUACCAACUACUGUGGACUUCCCUUCCUCUGGAACGAAACAGCCAGAGAUAGAGGAGUGGAGUUCAUGGGAUGAAGAUGCUCCGACUAGUAUCAAGAUUGAGGGUGGCAACGGGAACGUUUCUCCCUCUGCCGAAGAUGCAGACAAUGAGCCUGACUACUUCAAAGACAUGACCCCCACCAUCAGGAAAACACAAAAGAUAGUGCUAAAGAAGAGGGAGCCCUUGAACUACCUGGUGCCAGACGGCUCGGCAGGUUUCUCCAGCAGACUGGCAGCCACGCAGGACAUGAUGUCCUUCAUCCAGCCCUCGGCUGAGCUGGGGGAGAUGGACACCUGGCAGGGGGACGCAAACGCCUGGGAAGAUGAGUCUGAGGCCGCCUGGGAGGCAGAAGAGGUUCUCAGACAACAGAAGAUGGCGGAGAGGGAAAAGCGUACCAUGGAACAGCAGAGGAAGAAGAUUGAAAAAGACGCGCAGCGGAUGAUGAAGAAGGAUCAGAAAAUCGCGGUGAAGCUCUCGUAACACUUUGGGAAUGCUCAGUUUCGAGCCGGGGGACGAAGCGCAGCUUGGGGAAAGACACUGUAUUUAAAUUGUUACUUGCUGUCCCAUGCUUAUUACAUCAAGCAGAAUCACUGUCGGGACAGAAGCUCCUGAAAACACCUACAGUCGUCCCUCUCGCUGCUCUGUCCGUCCACUAGAAGCCAUUGGAACCAUGCCUGUCAUUGUCGUGGGGACAGGAGGUCAAUGGUUCACGUUGGUACACCUUCAGUACAAUUUGUGCCAUGGCAAUGCUAUUUUAUUGUUUUAUUUUUGUUGGAUUCCCUUUUGUCAUUUUCUUUUUUACAGGAAAUUCAUUGAGGGUUACAAAAAAAACUUUAAUAAAUGAUUAGAUGACACACUGAGUAGAUGCCAAUUUCAUCCACAUAACUCGAGGGAACUGUUCUACUUAUUCAAUGGCCCAGAUGUAAAUAAACUACCUAUAAACGCU